CGGCGCGGCAACAACAGCAAAAACGCUGCAGCCGCAAUAACAAAACACAGACAAACGAUUACAAAGCAAAUAAUAACGGUUAAAUAUUGUCGACUGUGUGCGUAAAAGAGGCGGUUGCGCCGCCUCCAACGUCGGCACCGACGCCAGGGCUGGCACACCACAAGUCGACACAAGUUCGCCAGUCGCCGCUUUGCAUUCUAGGAGCUUGGCUAUGUGUAGCUUCCACUCCCAUUCAUUCAGUUACAAAUAUUCAUUCAGUGUGUGAGUGUUGAUGAGGUUAGUUGUAAAAGCCCAUUGUGUCGCCGAACGUCCAAAAGCGUGAAAUGCUGAAAGUGCAGUGCGUAACCAGCUCAAAGAACAACUAAAAAGUGAGAAAAAACAAGGGAAAGAAAGAAACAGAAGAAGACGGCGAAAAGGAUUUCAAAAGUGUUGCCUGUGUGUUGCGCUGCUAGCGCUUGUUGACGCGAAUUUCUGUUGCAUACUUCUUGGCUGGCCGCGAAAAUCUCUGCGAACAUGUUGUUUUCGAAGCACAUACGUGGAGGCAACAGCGAGAGAAGUAGUCGCUGCAAUUUUCGUGCAACGCGCCCGCAAGCCAAGGCCAAACAGUCGCAACAAUGGCAACACUAAUCCCAGCGACAGGAUGCAACACAGCGAGCGCACAGUCCUCAAAUGUAGAGGCCACAUAUGAAGAUAUGUUCAAAGAGAUCACACGUAAACUAUACGGCGAGGAGACCGGCAACGGUUUGCAUACGCUCGGCACGCCGGUGGCUCAGGUGGCCACCAGUGGACCCACAGCGGUGCCCGAGGGCGAGCAGCGCUCGUUUACGAAUUUGCAACAAAUUGAUCGCACCGCUGCGCCCAGCAUUGAAUACGAAGCAACUGGUGCUGCGGUCGGCGGCAGCGGCAACAACGUGGCCACUACCCAGGCCAAUGUAAUCCAGCAACAACAACAACAGCAGCAGCAAUCAGAGUCGGGUAACUCUGUGGUGGUCAGCGCCAGCGGCAGCGGCGCCUCUGUGGUGCCGGCGCCCAGCGUCGCAGCCGUAGGCAGCUUCAAGUCAGAGGAUCACUUGAGCACAGCAUUCGGCCUGGCUGCUCUAAUGCAGAACGGGUUUGCCGCAGGACAGGCGGGCUUGCUGAAGGCCGGCGAGCAGCAACAGCGUUGGGCGCAAGAGACCGGAGCAGCUGAGCAGCAACAGCCGCAGCUGGUGCAGUGGACAACGGGCGGCAAGCUGCAGAGCUAUGCGCAGGUCAGUCAGCAACAACAGCAGCAGCAGCAACAACAGCAGCAACAGCAGCAGCAACAGCAACAACAGCAGCAACAACACCAGACCACGCCCAAGUCCAAGAAACAUCGUCAGGAGCAUGCGGCAGAGCUGAUCUAUGCCAGCCCCUCCACAUCGGCCAAUGCGGCACAGAACUUGGCCCAAUCCACGCCCACCUCAGCGCCCACCAAUUCGAGCAGCAGCAGCGGCGGCGGCAGCAGCUCCUCUGGCGGCAGCCGCAAGAAAUCCUCCCAAGCACAGGCAGCCGCUGCGGCGGCAGCUGCCAAUGGUGUGCACAUAGUUAAGCGUUAUGCCUGCACCCAUUGUCCCUAUUCGACGGAUCGUCGGGAUCUGUACACACGCCACGAGAACAUUCACAAGGACGAGAAGCCCUUUCAGUGCUAUGCCUGCCUUAAGCAGUUCAAUCGCGCCGAUCACGUCAAGAAACAUUUUCUCCGCAUGCAUCGCGAACUGCAGUACGACAUCAACAAGACACGCCGGCAUGUGCCCGCCGGCAGUGGCUCCAGCGGCGGCACCGGCGUCGGUUCGCACCAUGCCGGCGGACGCGGCAAUGUGACGAUCAAUGCAGCGGGCGUUAACAUUGACAACGCCUUCCUGGAGGCACAGCGACAUCCCACCUCGACCAGCAUGAGCAUUGCGGAGACCAUCGAAGCGGUGGCCUCUGCUGCGGACAUGCCACUCGCUCAGCUCAAGCAGGAGAAACUGGACGAUGGCUCCGUGCUGCCGCUGCAUGUGGCCGCUGUGAUGAACAGCGCCCAGCAGCCGGUGGCCAGCUCAAGUUCGGGGUCGGGCAGCAGCAGCGCUGCCGGCUCUGGCCUGCUGAAGCCGAAGCGUGAGAAGCGCUUCACCUGCUGCUAUUGCCCCUGGUCGGGCGCCGACAAGUGGGGCCUCAAACGUCACCUCAACACCCACACAAAGCCAUUCGUUUGCCUGCUCUGCGAUUACAAGGCGGCGCGCUCCGAGCGCCUUGCCACCCAUGUGCUCAAGGUGCACAAUAAGCGGGCCUGCGGCAAGUGCUCCUAUCUGGCCGACACGCAGGAGGAAUACCAAAUUCACAUGAGUGAUGUGCAUCCGCACGAUAAUCGUCCAGCGCGUAGCAGCAGCAGCAACAACAGUGGCAGCAACAAUAACAACGCUGGCAACAACAGUGGCAGCAACAAUGCAAUGCAUAGCCAAAACUUGAAUGUCUUGCGAACGAUUGGCAACACCCUGGUGGCCAACAAUCAGCUGAACACGUUUCACAAUGCCGGCAAUGCUUUUGGCACGUCAAGCGGCGGUGGCCAAACCGUUGGCAAUGUGAGCGGCAGCGGUGCCGUUACCAUCUACACCACCACUACCAAUGAGGGCGUGACUGGAGGCGGUGGCGGCGGCGGCAGCGGCAGCGGAGGCAACAUCACUGGCGGCCCCUUGCAGGAGAUCAUCGUGAAUCCCACCUCGAUGGUGGGCUGGCGUCUCAGUGCCAAUGGCUCUUUGAUACCACCGCAUGAUCUGCUCACCGGCAGCCUACCAAAUGCGGCGACACAGAAACGCGGCUCGGAGCGUUUAUUUCAAUACCUCGAAGCCGAGGGCAGCGAUCCGGAGGACUAUGCGCGUCUGCUAAAAAUGGACGCAAUUAGUCGCAACACAGCUUCGGUCGCUCAGGAUUUUCAUAAAGCGGGAGGCGUGCACGAGUUGAAAAUACCAGCAAAUCAUCAACUCCUGUUCAAUAAUAAACUGCCUUCGCAAUGGACGACACGAGAGGCUGCUGCGCUAUUGCACAGCCUGAGCAGCAUGGGCGGCCAUCACAGCGGCAACAGCGGCAGCGGCAGCGGCAGCAACAUCAACAGCAGCAGCGGCGGCAACAACAACAACAGCAGCAGCAGCAACAGCAGCAGCGGCAACGGCAACCAGCGCCAAAAGUUUGGCGUUAUGCGUGCCAGGCAACACUCGACGGGCGAGGAUGAUGAGAAUACACCGUCAUCGGCAUCCUCGUCCUCGUACUCGGGCGACGAGUACCACGUGUCGGGCGCUACCUCACCAAUGAAAUUGUCGCGUCAUGCCAACAGCAAUGGCAAGAGUCUGCGCUCAUCUGGCGAUGAGGGCGAGCUUAAGGAGCAGACCAACAAGGCGCUGAUGGCAACGGCAUUUCUGGAGGCGGCAGCCUACGAGCAAACGGCCAUUGAGCUGCUCGCCAGCAAGCGAAAGCUCAAAAUUGAGUAUGACGAAGAUCAAGAGAAUCAGCAACAACAACUGCAGCAGCAGCAGCAGCAGCGAGUGCAGCUUAUUAAAUCGUCUCCCGCGUAUAAACUUAACAAUAAUAAUAACAACAACAACCAUAAUAAUAAUAAUAAUAACAACAGUCACAGCUAUUACAAAGAGAAAUCUCACAGAAAUGCCGUGCAUCAUUGUCCUCAGGAUGAUAAAGAGAACAACACCAGCAGGACUGAGGCAACGGCUGCAGCAGCGGCAGCGGCCAUGGCAACAGCAACUGCUGCUGCUGCUGCUGCCGCCGCUGUUGGCACUGCAGCAGUGGCUGCAGUAACAGCAACACCGAACAGCGGCAACAACAACAAUAAUAACAACAACACCACCACACCCUUUCUCACACAAAUGGAAUAUCAGAAUCUCAAUCGCAUUGGAACACAAUUUCAGAAUUAUGUUAAAGAUAUUAUAAACAAAUACUAUGCAGCUGAGACGCCUUUAAUGCUGGCCGCCGCCGCAGCAGCGCUGCCGACAGCAACAACGACGGGCCAGCAGCGCGAGCAACAGAUGUCGCCCGGCAAGCGACGACGCCUGCUGAGCGAGACCGAAGAGUACAUUGAGUAUCUGCGCAACAAGGAGGAUAUUACACUGACCAUAACACCCAAGGUGCCUACCGGCAGCAGCUGCGGUAGCGUUGCGCCGCCGAAGUUAACAGCGGCGCCGACGUCGCAGCCACAGUCGCUGCUCAAACGUCAGCUAGAUCUGGCAGCACCGCGCAAGAGUCCCAAGAAGCCGGCUGUUAAUCAACAUACGCUCAACAGCAGUAGCAGCAGCACCAGCAGCGGUAAUAACAGCUGCGCUGUUAGCGCCUCGCGCAAGUCCUUGAAUCAGCUGGCAACGCUGUUGCCUCUGCUGGCCGAUGCCGCCAGCAAGCAGGAAUAUUUAACAGCGCCGCUUGACUUCAGCAAGAAGUCCGAUGCGGAGACGGCGCGCAGUUCACGUAAGCAGGCGCAGCCGAAGAAAAUACGUCUCUCUCCCGAGGCUGUGGUCGCCAUGCUGCGUGACAAGCAUCUCAAUAAGCUGGUGCACCAGAGAUUGGGCUGCGCAAGCUGCACGGCCAGUCGGCGGCGUAAUGGCGGCGGCAUAAGCUUCAACUAUCAUACGCUUGGCUCUCUGGCGCUGCAUCGGUUUUGGAAGCAUCGAGCUUUGGCGGUCGCGUCGCACAGCUGUCGGCAGUGCAGCGCAAAGUUUGAGCGGCGCUACAGCUUACAGCUACAUCGCCGCCUCAAGCAUGCCAAACCGUGAAACUAGCGCUCGCUCUCCAACUCAAUCUAUAGCUCUCUUUUUUA